AUGAACAAGACCAUGGCCAUUGCAUCCCCAAAGAGGAUGCUCUACAAGCACGACAAGAGGGCCAAGGAUAAGGUCCGAAAGUCUGGCGGCAGUGCCAUGAGGAAAGCGAUACAGUUAGGCGAGGAAGCCCGUGUGUUUUCGGCCGUCGUCCACUUCAACCCCACAUAUGGACGUCUAGAUGGGGCUGUAUACGUCCCCGAAGGCGAAAGCAUUCCAGAUGUGAACGCAUUUUUAUUGGAACUUCUGAACGGCCUGCACGGCAAUAGUCGAAGCCGCGACCCACAACAACGAGCUAAGACGCGACAUCAGGACCCACAGGGCAGACAAGAUGGCAGCGCAACUCCGCACGACGAAAUAAUAGUGGGGAUUGGCAGCACCGAGAUCGCCGCCGCUCAAGCGGAAAGCAGCAAGGAAGCCGAUGCGGACGCCGAUGUCUCCAACAACAUUCCUGUCGACAGUAACAGCGCAGACUGCGUUGGCAUUCUAAAAGCUAGCUACGACAUGACUCUCAUAGCAACAAGAGACACCGACGAUGAGACUGAUGACAAGAUGCAAUGUACCAGGGAUACAGGAAACGAUUUGGCCGUGCAUAAUGCGGCCCGGCCUGUUGAAAGCCACGAAAUGCCCGAUGACGCUGUCGUACAUGGUGUGGGUGGACAUGAUGAGUCAACUCGCAUGUUUGACGCCGACAUGCAUGCGAUCCUCGAGACGGAGCAGGCUGAAAACAGAGGCCAGACCGAGGGUGUUUCUGAUUGGCAAAUGGUGGAAGCACAAGAUGCGAAAGUCCAGAAUCCACGAGUGAUGGGUAAUAGCCUCGCCAGGAGGAAAGCACGCAGUAUGCAACUGUUUUUGAGACAGGUGUCUUUGCGUAUGCGGCUUGCAACCCAACAGGAACGGCUUCCGCUACACCGGAUCGCUCAUCAAGACAGAUGGAGGAGUGUAUCACAGCUUAGUCAAAGGCGUUGA